AUGGGCAUAUAAAGCAACAUACUCCAAGUUAGGAGCAGAAGAUUAGGAUGUAUUUCAAAUAUUACCUGACAAUUCUUUUCUAUUUCACCACCUGUGUCAGGUGUCUCACAAGUCCUGAAACGAAAACCGGAAAAGGAAAAAAUGAGGAAAUAACGGUCAGGUAUACGAUACGUAACAACUUGGCGAAACCCAAUUUUGAAUUUGAACAGAAUGUGACGUCAAAGGCUGGUCAACCAUUUAUCAGGUUCAUGGAACAGGCGGCUGAUGACGACAAAAACUUCCAGUUUUCAUCAACAUACUUUGCUAAACUUGGAUACUUCAUAGAAAAACUAGGAAAAGAGAUAAAUAGAGAGGGUGUCCUUGGUUUGUCUUACUGGCAGUUCGUGAGAGCGCCAUCUACAGUAUUGCCUGUUGGUGUGAGUACCUACAUUCCAGAGGAUGGUGACCACAUAAUCAUGGAUUAUGUACUAGAAGGAAAUUGCGUUCAGAAUUAAUAUGUAUUAAAGGAUUUCCACAUUUUAUCACAACAAAUCUGCAACCUACA